AUGGCGGCUACUUAUCAAACUGGCCUUGUGGCUGGGCCACAGUUGCUGAACACUGAAAUUAUCACUCAGAGGGCCACCAACUUUGUUGCUGACAAUAACAGAAAAGACAAAUGCAUUGGCUACUUGGACGUCUUUGUACACCAGGCACGCGACAUCCACAAUGUUUGUAUCUAUCACAAGCAGGACGUGUAUGCGAAGCUGUGCCUCACGAGCAGCCCUGAUGUUUCAUGCUCAACCAAGGUGAUCAACAGUGCUGGGCGCAACCCGGUAUUUGAGGAAGGCCUACGGCUUGAUGUGCAAACUGUGGAUGCUUCGCUCAAGUGCGAGAUAUGGAUGUUAAGCAGAGUGAGGAACUACCUGGAAGAUCAGCUCCUUGGCUUUGCCCUUGUUCCUCUGGCAGACAUUGUAAUGGGUGAUGGAAAGCUGGUCCAGGAGUUCUCCUUGACAUCCACUGACCUGUUCCACACACCAGCUGGAUUUGUGCAGCUGACCUUGUCAUAUGCUGGCUGUUCCCCAGAUGUUAUCCUCAUCUCAUCACCCAAUAAGUCCUCGUCAGGAAUGGAUGAUUCUGGAAAUGAUCAUGUUGUUCCUUCUCAGCUUGAAAAUAUUGUGUUCCCAGACCUAAAUGUGGCGAAGGAAGACGAGAUUAUGGUGUCAAAGUAUCUCGAGAUGGGGUCUUUGGACUCUGAAAACCCUAUAAAAGUUGAGAAUGGCAUGUCGCUGCAUUCUGGAAAUUAUGAUGAUGAUGUUCCUUCUAAACAUGAAAAGAUCGAGUUCAAAGAUUCUGAGAACCCUGCAAAAGCUGAAAAUGGCAAGUUGCCACAAUUUGGUGGAGCUGUGCCUGGUACUGCAAUAUGUGCAGAUAAGGUUGAGGAACACCGCGAUGAAAGCCCUCUAAGUUGUGUCUCAACCACAGGCUCCUCCACUACCCUUUCUGCAACACAGCAAUCAGUUUCUGAGCCAAAUUCUGAACCUUCGGAGACCAGUAUUGAGGCAUCCCCAAGACAAUGCCAUAGGGAGAAAAGCCAAGAUGUUACAGAUGGUGAGGCUGAUUCUUCUGAAACACCACCCAAGGAUGAAGUUAUCAAGCCUGUGAUCAGCAUUAACCUUCAGCCAGAGCAGUCAGUUGUCCAACAGGACAUAGUUGACAUGUACAUGAAGAGCAUGCAACAGUUCACAGAAUCUCUUGCAAAAAUGAAACUUCCUUUGGACGUUGAGAAUAGUAGUCCCUCAAACGAAGAAUCCUACUCCAGUACAAUUGAGAAGACAUCCCCAUCCCCAUCAUCCGCAUCAAAGGGUUCUAGGGUCUUUUAUGGAAGCAGGGCCUUCUUUUAA